GCCCGCCGCGUUCUAUCCCGAGUGUAGCCACGUUCGGUUGAGCCGGGGGCAGCCGCGGUGGCGGCAGCGGUAGGAGCAGCUGGGAAAGGAGCGAAGAGCCGAGGACUGGGGCAGGGCGAUGGGGUCGCGGCCGGGGCUUUGACAGCUGCAACCCAAGGCGAGCGGUGCGGCCACAAGCGGAACCCGGGCCGGCUCCAGCCGAGGAAAGGCGCGAGGUUUGGGAGACGGGAAAGCAUCGGAGCAAUUCAGGCAGCGGCGGCGGCGGCAGCGGCAGAAGCAGCAGCAGCGGCGGCGGCAGCAGCAGCGGCAGCUUUAGUUUCGCCUCUUUCUUACUGCGGACCAUGUUCGCUAAAGGCAAAGGCUCGGCGGUGCCCUCGGAUGGGCAGGCUCGGGAAAAGUUAGCUUUGUAUGUCUACGAAUACUUGCUGCACGUAGGAGCACAGAAAUCAGCACAGACCUUUUUAUCAGAGAUCCGAUGGGAAAAAAACAUCACACUAGGGGAACCUCCUGGGUUUUUACAUUCAUGGUGGUGUGUAUUUUGGGACCUUUACUGUGCAGCUCCUGAAAGGCGAGAUACUUGUGAACACUCAAGUGAAGCAAAAGCCUUUCAUGAUUACAGUGCAGCUGCAGCGCCAAGUCCAGUACUUGGAAACAUUCCUCCAAAUGAUGGAAUGCCAGGAGGACCCAUUCCUCCCGGUUUCUUUCAGGGACCGCCUGGCUCUCAGCCCUCACCACACGCACAGCCUCCACCUCAUAACCCCAACAGCAUGAUGGGACCUCACAGUCAGCCUUUUAUGUCACCGAGAUACGCAGGAGGCCCACGGCCCCCCAUUAGAAUGGGAAACCAGCCUCCAGGAGGUGUUCCUGGUACACAGCCAUUGCUGCCCAACUCCAUGGACCCUACACGGCAACAAGGGCAUCCCAACAUGGGUGGGCCGAUGCAAAGGAUGAAUCCUCCUCGAGGAAUGGGACCAAUGGGCCCUGGUCCACAGACUGAUCCUUGGUUAUCAUUGCAGAACUAUGGCGGCGGAAUGAGACCUCCACCCAACUCUCUAGGGCCCGGCAUGCCUGGAAUUAACAUGGGUCCAGGAGCUGGUAGACCAUGGCCCAAUCCCAACAGCGCUAACUCAAUUCCAUAUUCUUCUUCAUCACCUGGUACAUAUGUGGGGCCCCCUGGUGGCGGAGGUCCUCCUGGAACACCCAUCAUGCCUAGCCCUGCAGAUUCGACAAAUUCAAGUGACAACAUCUACACAAUGAUUAAUCCUGUACCGCCUGGAGGCAGUCGGUCGAAUUUCCCAAUGGGGCCUGGAUCAGAUGGCCCCAUGGGAGGCAUGGGUGGGAUGGAACCCCAUCACAUGAAUGGCUCAUUAGGGUCAGGAGACAUUGAUGGACUUCCAAAAAAUUCUCCAAACAACAUAAGUGGCAUUAGCAAUCCUCCGGGCACUCCACGAGAUGAUGGUGAACUGGGAGGCAACUUCCUCCAUUCCUUCCAAAAUGACAACUAUUCUCCCAGCAUGACAAUGAGUGUGUGAUUUCCCUCUUCCUUCGCCCCACAUCCUCUUCUCCAGGAUAAAGAAAAAGUCGGCUGCCCUUUGGAGGAUCUGAAGAAAUUAUGCAAGACGAGAAGAAGCUUAGGUGCGUUUGGCAGGGAGACACUGAGAGCCGGAGAUCCAGCCCUAAUUUUUAGUUUCAUGCAAUAAAAAGGCUGAACUUUUUAUUCCAUAAAACAAUGAAGGACAAAUCUUUAAAAUAUUUCAAGACAUGACAAGAUCCUUCUUCUGCAGAAGGAUUUAUUAUAUGUAUAUGACACUUUUUUUGUUGUUGUUCAUUUUUUGGAAACAAACGGAAGCCUCUAGCACCCAAUUCCAGCCUCCUUUGCUUGAUUAUUCUUUUAAACUUCUUGUAUGUUUGUGCUGUGCUACGCAAGGAAACUAGUCUAGAUAUGAAAUCUCAUGUUGUCUCUGUAGCCAUUUUAAAAUAAUAAAACUGGACAGGAUUUUUUUUUUAAAUAAAUUGGUGGGUUUUGUUCAGAAGACCUUUGCCCCCAUUACUCCCCCUUCCCCUUUUUAGGUUGGUGUCUUGCAGCACAACACUUCCUUCAGCAAGAAGAGUGGAAAAGAUUUCCCCUGCCUCAGUUUGUAAUGCAGCUGGCUCCCUUCUAGGAUCACAUCCUCCAAAAGUUUAAUUGUGAUCUUGGGUAUAUCUGUGACUGUGGCAUGCACUAUUUUAGUCCCCUCCCUUGCUUGUCCUCCCUCCUCCCCCCCCUCCCCUUCCCCCCUCCCCCAAGCACUGCUAUGAAUUGCCCUUUUGCAGAAUUUGGAAAAUGUCAGGAUUUCUGGGAGGUGGGGUAUUGAGGGUUAGGGGUACAGGUAGUCCUAGACUUACAGCCAGAAUUGGGAUUGGGGUUUUGCUUGCUUAGCGAUGCAAGAGUUAAGCAAGUCAUCACGCAACCAGACUUGGUUUUUACGGCCAUUUUUUCCCCAUGGCCAUAUAAGCGAAUCUGGGUGUUAAGCAAAUCUGGUUUUCCCCCAUUGACUUUUGCUUGGUAGAAGCUUGGGAAGGUAGCAAAUCAUGAUCACGUGACCACAAGACCAUCUGCCACCAAUCAUAAAUGUGAGCCGGUUGCCAAGUGCCCGAAUUGUGAUCACAUGGCCGUGGGGUGGUGUGAGGGUCAUAGGUUAGAGGAUGGGUCGUAAGUCACUGUUUCCAAGGCCAUCAUAACUUGAAAGCACUGCUAAAAGGUUGUAAGUCAACUAUCUGUACUUGGGUGUUUUUUUUUCCCCCCUGUUGGGACGGUGUCAGAAAUAAAAUGAAAAAGGCAUUAAAAAACUUGACUCAAAAACUGGUGAGAGCAAACUUCUUAACAACUGCUUUGUUUUCAUUUUUGCUUUGGGUUUUCUAAUGAAACAAUGUGAUCUUACUAGGGUUUCACUGUAUAUGCUCUGGAACUGGAUGGAGAUAUUUUUAAGUAAUUAUUGUUGUUAAAUUGUAUACUUGCUAUUCUGUAGGCUCUCUCUCCCUCCUUCUCACUCUGUAAUUAAAAGCAGAAUUUAAAAAUAAAUAAAUCUUACAUUCUCCUGGUAGGGGUGACUACAGAAAAGCAUAUCAUGUAUAGUGAAACUCGCAAGUCUUGAGAUCUCUGUACAUUACACCCCCUUGUAGCUGGUCUUUGUUUUAUAUAAAAGAAAAAAAAACCCUUCACUUCUGAUCUAUGUAUUUCAUAUUAUGUAAAAUAUUAUCUUACCCUGGAUUUACCUACCUUUGUGCGGAUUCUUGAGAACAUUGUAUCUUGUUUCAGUGUUUUUUCUUACCUUGUAGUCUGGUUCUAAAGUUAAACGAGGGAAAGGAAAAGUAAUUAUUAUACAUUGUAGUUUGUGUACGAUAUUUGUUGAUAAUGUUUUAUUAAAGGGAUGUCUUUUUUCUGCACCCCUUAAUGAAAUGUUUUUUUUUUUUACUUAUGGUUUUGUUUGGGUUUUUGUUUUGUUUUUUCCUUUUUGGUUUGGUUUCAUUUUGGAAAACAUUGGCUUGUUUUUACUCUAUCAAAAAAGUACUUGAAACCGUGUAAUUUUUAAGAAGACAAUGAUUUUUUUAAAAAAACAAAUGCUUGCCCUUUUCUUAGGCAUUUUGAUUAAGUUUUUUUUUUCUGUAGAAAGAUGAUGGGGUGGGCAAACAAAGAUUCUCACAGUUACAGUCAGGAUUAUAUUUAAAGAAAAAAAUAAUAAACCUUCAAAUGAAGAUUUGUCCCAUUCCUAACGCAACACUUUUUUUUAAAGAGAUAACUUGGCAGGUUUCAUUGUAUUAAAGUGAUGGCUAAAUUAAAUGUCUUCGUUGGUCUGGGAUGGUUUUUAAAAGAUAAAUCAAGAUCUUUUCUCUCCCCCACCCCCUGCUGUAAUAAAUAUAAACAUUUGAUUUCA